AUGCAACUUUCAGCUUUCUUCCCAUUCUACCGCAACCACAACGUCCUCUCGACCGUAUCGCAGGAGCCCUAUGUGUGGUCAUCGGUCAUCAAGGCCACCAAAUCAGCAAUGGCAAUCUGGUACGCAUACAUGUAUACGCUCUUCCAUCAAGCACACACGACGGGCUCAACCGUCAUGAGAGCCUUGGCUUGGGAAUUUCCUAAUGACCUAAGUCUAGCAUCAGCGGACCGUCAGUUCCUCCUCGGUCCUUCCCUUAUGGUAAUCCCAGUUCUGGAGCCUCAAGCUACAGCUGUGGACGGUGAGAUCUGGUAUGAUUGGUAUGCCCACACACCGUUCAAGGCAAUAGCAGUCAAAAACUCCACCAUUGAUGCCCCACUCGGCCACAUCCCCCUUUACGUUCGUGAUGGAAGCGUCCUCCCAAUGCGAGAGCCAGCCCUAACAACACGAGCCGCGCGGUAA